AUGUCGAAGGGAAUCGACAACGCUUCUAUCCUUGCGGAGAUCGCGCAGCUAAAGCAGCUGCUCGCGGAAAAGGAGGCGCUUGUAACCGUCGAUGGUACCGGGGCGCUCGCAAAGAAGUCCAAAAAAAAGAGCCAGAUGAACAUGGUGGAGACGGAGCCGGUGCAGGGGUGCCGCGACUUCCCACCGGAGUUGAUGCGCACCCGCUCAUACCUGUUCAACGCUUUCCACGCCACCGCAAAGAGGUUCGGCUUCGAAGAGUACGACGCGCCUGUGCUAGAGUCGGAGGAGCUCUACGUGCGCAAGGCUGGGGAGGAGAUCACCGAGCAGAUGUUUAACUUCAUUACGAAGGGCGGCCACCGCGUAACGCUGCGGCCAGAAAUGACGCCGUCGCUGGCCCGACUCCUGCUGGGCAAGGGACGCUCGCUCCUUCUGCCGGCGAAGUGGUACUCCAUUCCGCAGUGCUGGCGCUACGAGGCUAUUACGCGCGGCCGCCGUCGUGAGCACUACCAGUGGAACAUGGACAUUGUUGGUGUGAAGACGGUGUCGGCGGAGGUGGAAUUGGUGUGUGCAGCGUGCUUUGCCAUGCAGAGCUUGGGCCUCUCAGCGAAGGAUGUUGGCGUGAAGAUCAACUCACGCAAAGUCCUGCAGACAGUGGUGGAACAGGCGGGGGUGACGCCCGACAAGUUUGCCCCAGUGUGUGUUAUUGUUGACAAGAUGGAGAAGCUCCCGCGGGAGGAGGUGGUGGAGCAGCUCGCCGCGCUGGGCCUCGAGAGCGGCGUGGUGGAUGCUAUUACAACGACACUUGGCCUCAAGUCUGUUGACGAGAUUGCGCAGCGCAUUGGCGAGCAGCAUGAGGCCGUGCAGGAGCUGCGAGACUUUUUCGCCCAAGUGGAGGCGUACGGCUACGGCGAGUGGGUCCUCUUCGACGCGAGCGUGGUGCGUGGGCUGGCGUACUACACUGGUAUCGUGUUCGAAGGCUUUGACCGUGCAGGGAAGUUUCGUGCCGUAUUUGGAGGUGGGCGCUACGACAAUUUGCUCACGACGUACGGCAGCCCGACACCCAUCGCGUGCUCCGGUUUCGGCUUCGGCGACUGCGUCAUUGUGGAGAUGCUGGAGGAUAAGAAGCUGCUGCCGGAGCUCCUCAACGUUGUGGAUGAUCUCGUGAUUCCUUUUGAUGAGUCCAUGCGGCCCCAUGCACUGGCGGUGCUUCGUCGACUGCGCGACGCUGGCCGCAGCGCGGACAUCAUACUUGACAAAAAGAAAGUUGUGCAGGCAUUUAACUACGCCGACCGUAUCGGUGCAGUGCGUGCGGUGCUCGUGGCGCCCGAGGAGUGGGCGCGCGGCGAGGUGCGAGUGAAGAUGCUGCGCGAGGGCGCCGGCAAGGAGGAGGGCACCGCUGAGCGUGGCGCCGCGGUACCUGUCGACCGCCUCGUAUGA